AUGUCAACCAGAACACGCUCCAUUCAAACUGCAUCACAGAGCCUUGUGACUCAUUUCCCACGGGAGACGAUUCGUAUACUGAAGGAAUGGCUGAGCCAACAUCAGGACCACCCUUACCCAUCUAAAGAGGAAAGAAGAGAGCUACUGCUGCGGACAGGACUAACGCCGACACAGCUACGUAAUUGGCUCGCUAACACCAGGCGCCGUGAGAAAGAGAAAGCCCCUUCGGCUCCUGCACGCCGGACCGAUCUCAUCCAAGCAGUCACACUAUCAAUGACUCCACUUGAACGCUGGCAGAACUCGCCUCCAGAGGAAGAGUCGGCCGCAUUCAGCGAUAUUGCUCGGGCUCUUUCAAAUCGCCCUUCUACGCCUCACCCUCAACUAUCCUUCACCUCAUCUAAUCCCAGUUCAGCAUCUUCACUCGAUUGGGCGAGCCAUACCUCUCACGUCGAACAAUGGGGCGUAUUCCCGGCGUCGUCGGAAAGCAGCCUCGACACGAGUGCAUCGUCCACCUCGAGUCUAUCCAACACGUCCGCGCAUUCUUAUCAUUCGUUCUCGCACUCUGGACUCCGAGAUCAUAACCGCCGUCGUCGCCGACACAGUCGACGAACCUCGCGUCGGGCGCGAGGGUCUCGGCGGUUUCAGUGUACAUUCUGUACGGAUACGUUCUCGACCAAGUAUGACUGGCAACGGCACGAGAAAUCAAUGCACAUUCCUCUCGACGAGUGGAGGUGCGCACCCUCCGGGGCAAUUGUUCCCUUGGAUGGCGGCCAUGUCUGCGCUUUCUGUUUACAUCCCAAUCCCGACCAAGAGCAUCUGAAUGUUCACGAGUACUCCAUUUGUCAGGAGAGGAGCCCACUCGAAAGGACUUUCUAUCGCAAGGAUCAUCUCCACCAGCAUCUGCGCAGCGUUCACGGCGUCAAGUUCGUCGCUGCAUCCAUGAGCGGGUGGAAGAGUAGCAUUACCGAGAUCAAAUCGCGCUGUGGGUUCUGCGACGCUCGAUUCCACAGCUGGACAGCCCGCGCGGAUCAUCUGGCGGCGCAUUACAAGCAAGGAGUUGACAUGCGUGAAUGGCAAGGCGAUUGGGGCUUCGAGCCCGAGGUGCUGCGUCUCGUCGAAAAUGCCAUGCCGCCGUACCUGAUCGGCCAGGAGCAGCUGGCGCCAAAUCCGUUCAGCGCCUCUGCCAUCACGGUGCUCCAGCCAAGCUGGGAGACUGAUCAACCGCCGCAGCGUCCGGAGCAGGAGAACCUCAAUUUCUGGCCGGUGAUACAACGAGAACUCACGGAGUAUAUCACGCGCCAACUUGAGAAUAAGGUCGUGCCCACAGAUAAGAUGUUGCAGGACCAUGCGCGCAUGAUCGUGUAUGGCUGUGACGAUGGGUGGAAUCAGACGUGCGCAGACAAUCCGGUGUGGCUGAGUAAUUUGAAGCGGGAUGCUGGACUGGAUGCUUCACAUGGGCAAUGGCCGUUGUUCGAGUUUGACCCGCCCGUGCAUGGAUCGGCAGAUUUGCAUCUUGAGCCGCAGCAGCCAGCGUACCAGAAUCCAUACCAGUAA